AUGACUGCGCGAACGUCAGCGCGAAAGCUGGCGCAAGUGUUACCAUCAAAUGUCGUCGCUGACGUAAGCCGUACACCCUUACCCUUUCUCUCCCCCGCCCUCCUUCUCUCCGUUUCUCUCGCUUCUGCUAUCGCAUUUCGUAUGCUUUCUCACGCAUACUCCAAGCUACACCUUCUCUCCCGUUUCCUCUCCCUCCUCUCUUCACACUCUCGCGCCUUUCUCCCCGUCUUCCCCCUCUACAUCAUCGCCAUUCCCCGCAUCCUCUCCCUGCGCCGCCAAAUCUACCGGUGCGCGUUCAAGGCGCAGACGGGCAUCUACCGGUGCUCGUUCAAGAAGCAGACGGGCGUGAGCCUCAAGAACAUGAUGGCGCACGGCGCCUUCCCCACGGAGCGCAAUCUGCUCUCCUCCGCGCAGUUCCUGCAGCAGGAGCUGCCCGUGCGCCUCGCCCACCGCGUCACCGAGCUCGAGAACCUCCCCUACGGCCUCUCCACAAAAGCGCCCGUGCUCAAGGUGCGCGACUGGUACGUGGACUCAUUCAAGGACAUCCGCGGGUUCCCGGCCAUUGAGAGCCGCGAGGAGGAGCUGCGCUUCACGCACCUGCUGGCGCAGGUCAAGAUGCGACACAACAACGUCAUCCCCACGAUGGCGAUGGGAAUCAACGAGUUGAAGCAGGACCUGGGGCGCAAGGGGCGUCUCGACGACCUGCUGGAGAUCCACCAGUUCCUCGACCGAUUCUACAUGUCACGCAUCGGCAUCCGCAUGCUCAUUGGCCAGCACGUCGCCCUGCACGACCCCAACCCGCCCCCCCACUUCAUUGGCCUCAUCUGCACCAAGGUAUCGCCAGUGGAUGUGGCGCGCAAUGCAGUGGAUGAUGCGCGGUCGGCAUGCAUGCGCACGUAUGGCUCGGCGCCUGAGGUGGAAAUUUACGGGGACCCCGACUUCACAUUCGCCUACGUGCCAACGCAUCUGCACCAGAUGGUGUUCGAGCUGUGCAAGAACUCUCUACGCGCCGUGCAGGAGCGAUUCGCUGAUGCUGACACCGACCCGCCGCCCAUCCGUGUGGUGGUGGCGGAUGGGAUCGAGGAUGUGACUAUAAAGAUAUCAGACGAGGGGGGUGGUAUCCCGCGCAGUGGUCUACCGCGCAUCUGGACGUAUCUCUACAGCACAGCCCGCUCACCUGCUGCUGCUGGCGCUCUGCAGGACACUCCCUCCAUCAUGGCGGGCUACGGCUACGGUUUGCCAAUCAGUCGGCUGUACGCGCGCUACUUUGGAGGCGACCUGCAGGUGGUGUCAAUGGAGGGUUAUGGCACAGACGUCUAUCUCCACCUCAACCGUCUCGCCAAUGUGCAAGAACCGCUGCCUUAA